AUGGAGGAGAGCGAGUUACCCCAGAGCGCGUGGCGGCAUACCAACUAUCGUCGUCACUAUGCGCGCCUCAGAGCACAGCAAGCUCAGGCGAUCGGCGCUGAGGUGCUGCCUGCUGGAGAAUUGCAGAUUGACCUCAGUGGUGGACCCAAUACCAACGCGCCGAGGGUGGUAGUGAAUGGCAGUGCUGAAAUGGCUCAUCCGAGUCAUUCGGCAGAUAUGGGCGCUGGUCCCAUGCCUGCACCUGGAUAUCUGCCGGAAAGCCUGCUGGCCGAUAUGAGCGCGACGAGGGCGGAGACAGGGACGGUCACACCAAGCGCACAAUCUUCAGACCCAACAACAACCUUGGCUGGUUCGACGAGCAACAACCCAGCGCCAGCAGUGGGCACCGUGCCCGCGAACAGCGACUCAAUGACAAUAGCAGAUGGAGCCGGCUUCUCCGAGGCUGUCUGGCAGGCCAAAUGGCAAGAGCUCAACGCCUACUGGGCCAAUUAUGUGCAGCAGCUACAAGCUUACUAUGAACAGCAGGUUUGCUCUUUGCCCAAUCUCGCCCCGCAGUACACACACACACACACACACACACACACACACACACACACUCCGCGCAUCGAUUGCCCCUCUCGCUCAUCUCAGUUCAUCACGUUGCGGUUACAGAUUUCUCAACAUGACCCAGCUGUGAGCGAGACCCAGGGCUCGGGCAGCGAGGUUGUGGACCCAUCUGAAGUCGAGGCCCUGCAUAAGGAGGUUGGGCAACUCAAGCUCAAAGUUUCGGGGCUAAAAGCUCAGCUGCGAGCAGCUCGAAAGCGUACCAGCAAUGGUGGCGAGAGUAGCUCAGCCACAAACAAACAGGAUCCGGAGAAUUCCACUGCUCCAGUGAUGGCUGACUCCUCAUCUCUCAGUGUGGAUGCUGCCACACACGCUGCUAUGACACAAGAAUUAGCAGCGCUGCGCGAAGCUCAUGCCAAUGCUCAAGCCGACUUGAAGCGUCAGGCAGAGGUGCAGAAAGAGCUCGAGGCUGCCUUGGUGGACGCCGAAGCCCGUUGCAAAACACAGCAGGAGACGGCACACAAUAGCCAAGAGGAGCUUGCAGCUAUCCUGGCUCAACGGGACGAGGAGUUGGCCGGUUUGCGUGCUGAAGCAAGCACGGCACAUGCAGGCUCCGCAUCUGAGGAAACGAUGCUUGAAGAGCUGCGUCAAGAACGAGACUUACUCGAGGCAGCUCUAGAACAACGUGGUGCACAAGUGGCGCGACUCAAGGCGGAUCUGCGCCAAGCGGAGCAAGCCGUCGCAGAGGCUCGCGCCGCGCAAACCAUUGCUUCAAAGGAGCAGGACUUGGCACAGCUGCGCGAGCAAGUCAAGGUGGCCCAGACCGCGGCUGCAGAGGCAGUGCAAGAUCAGGAUCGCACCGUCGAGCUUGAGUCGGCACUGGCCGAGCGCAAUGAAGCAUUGGCAAAUCUCCAGCAAACCAUUGCUUCAAACGAGCAGGAAUUGGCACAGCUGCGCGAGCAAGUCAAGGUGGCCCAGACCGCGGCUACAGAGGCAGUGCAAGAUCAGGAAGCUGGUAAACAGCAGCUGGCCCGUACUCAGGAGCAGCUGACCGGAUUGUGCGCAGCCACGCGUCCACUGUACCAAGGCUUAGACAGCUUGCGGGCCAGCUUUGCACGGGCUGCCAAUCGUGCUGCGCAUGCAGAUGUCCUUGCCUGCACACUGCUGCGCCGCCAAGACAAUGCCAAUGUGCGCCGAGCCCUCCAUGACCGCUUGUCUCACGCGGAAGCACAACUAGCAGAGGCCCGCCAGGCCGCAGCAGCCGUCAAGCCGCUACGCGAGGCGCUUGAGGCCGCCUCCUCUCAAGCUUCGCAAAACUCCAAGUCGCAGGAAGAGCUGGAGGUAGCCUUGAAUGAAACAGCACGCUUGCGCGAUCGCCUCGCGGCAACGGAGGCUGCUCAGGCCGAGGCACUUGCCGGGUUUGACAUGGAGCGUGAAGAGUUGCAGGCCGCUGUUCGACGAGCGCAGGCCGAACUUGAUGCUCUACGCGCACCACAUGCUGAAGCUGGUGCCCUGGCCGAAAGCCUUCAGGCACAGCUUCAAGACCGUGAUCGACAACUAGCAGCAGCCGAGGCUCGUGUUGCAGCACGUGAAAGCGAGGCACAAGAACUGCGGGAAAGCUGUGCAGCUACCCGCAGUGCGAUUGAAGAGCUCACUGAAGCGUAUCGGGGCCAGUGCAAGACGGCUGCCGAACUACGUGAGGGCAUGAUGAUGCACAUGAAACUGCGCGAGGAAAAGGAAGACGCGAGGUCCUUGUUGGAACAAAAGGGUCGUGUUGACCCAUCGAACCAUUGUCUUGUCUUUGAGGCUUAUGCAAGACGUGCUUGCUCUGUUAGGGAACGCGUGGUUACUCUUGAGCUCAAGUUGUCAGAGGAACAAUCUCAGCGCGAGUUGGCAGAACGGCAAUCGCGUCAACAGGAGGUCAUGUCUCCCAGUAUGGCCUUUACUUUGGGCGAGUAUGAAGCGCAGAUCACUCAUUUAAAGGCCGAAGCUGAGCGGCAGCAGGCACGGUACGCGCGCCUGGAGCUAGAACGUGAGGCCGCUCGGGCCAACGCUGAUGGUGAGCGUGACAGUGAAUUGGCACAACUGCGCGAGAAGUUGAAAGACAUGUCGGCGUUGCGUGAGGACCUGCGUGAAUGGCGCCAGCGAGCAGAGGAGGCUGAGGAUGAGCGACAACGCCUGGCCGACGAGCGGGGCCAGGAGUCACGCCAUCUGCACAACGUGAUUGAGGCCAUGAUGGAGCAGCACCAAGCCGACCUCGAGGUUCUCAAGCAGGAACAUGCCACGACACUCAAGCAAGUCGCGGAAGAGACCAAGUUGUUGGAAGCUCAGCUGACUGCUCGCUUUGAGCAUCAACUGCUUGGUGUAGCGGCGGCUGAUGAAGAGUCAUCGGUCAUCUCCGCCGUCAUGAGCGACCUCGGCGGCUUUGACAAGGGUUUGACGUGUGUUCGGCUGGGCCAAGGCCAAUAUUCAUUUCGCUACGCGGGUCACGGUAUCAAUCGUGAAGUGACCAUGACGGUGCGGCUGAGUGGCCAAAAAAUUAUGGUACGCAAAGGAGUACACAAGGCAUCUAGGCAAAGGCAAAGCAUCAUCCUGAGUCCCCGUCACUCAUUCCAACAACUCAAUUAG